CCUGUCGCGAAAUCGCGCUCGCGAUAUCCCGCCCCGCGUUGGCGCUCAUCGCGGCGACCUCAGAAUCUCCGUCAGACGUCAGACUCAUCGCGAAUCCCAACAUCGACGAUUCGCAAACCUGCCGCUGCCUCUCACUCUCGUUUACAUAACACACAUAACCUUACAAUUGCGCCGAGUCAACAUCCAGCACGCAUUGACGAAGAAAAUAUGAAUGAAUACUAGCCGAUUUGUAGUAGCCGAUCGAUUAUUAAGUGGAAAUACGGGGCGAGGCGAAUAAUUAUCAAGAGUCGACUACGUUUGAAAUACCAAAGCUAAUUAGCGACAAAUCAACACCGAAAACGUAAAAAUAAAUCGAAGAAAGAUACUAUUCAUUUGAGUCGACUACGUGUGAAAUACCAAAGCUUAUUUGCGACAAAUCAACACCGAAAACGUAAAAAGAAAUCGAAGAAAUAUACUAUUCAUUUGCAUGGCGUCAAACUUGAAGAGGAUCGCCGUGGGAGGCAUAGCAGGCGUAACGGGAGCUGGACUUGCCACCUAUUUAUUAUUAAAAGAAGACAGAAACUCAUUUUGGCCGGAAGUAAGAGCAGAACAGAAAAGAGUAAAACCAAAACGAAUACUACCUACGAGAGAUGAGCAGAUCAAAUCACUUCAGUCAGAAUGCUUCGACGUCGUUAUCGUUGGCGGUGGAGCCACCGGUGCUGGAUGUGCCUUAGAUUCCUGUACAAGAGGCCUGAAGACCGCGCUCGUGGAAGCAGACGACUUUGCAAGCGGUACCUCGAGUCGUAGCACAAAACUGAUCCACGGUGGUGUCAGGUAUCUUCAGAAGGCCAUCAUGCAACUUGACAUAGAGCAGUACCGAAUGGUCAAAGAAGCGUUAAACGAAAGGGCGAGCAUGCUUAAGCAAGCGCCACAUUUGGCGCAUCCUCUGCCCAUCAUGCUGCCUGUUUAUAAAUGGUGGCAAGUCCCUUAUUAUUGGGUCGGUAUCAAGGCGUACGACGUUGUGGCUGGCGGGAAAACGCUGAAGUCUUCCUAUUUUCUGUCAAAGAAUAAUGCAUUGGAAUUGUUUCCGAUGUUGAGGGGCGAUAAGUUAGUCGGUGGAAUCGUGUAUUAUGAUGGUCAGCAGGACGAUGCCAGAAUGAACCUGGCCGUAGCUCUGACCGCAGCCAAGCACGGUGCCACGGUAGUGAAUCACGUCAGCGUGACGAAACUGCUCAAAGAACAACGAGACGGCAAAGAAGUGAUCUGCGGCGUCUCCGUCAAGGACGAAAUGACGGGGAAACAGUGGGACGUGCCAGCGAAAUGCGUGAUCAACGCAACGGGACCUUUUACGGACAGUAUAAGGAAGAUGGAUAAUCCCGAGGUUAAGGAAAUCUGCGCGCCUAGCAGUGGGGUUCAUAUUACGUUACCAGGUUACUACAGUCCCGAACAAAUGGGUCUACUAGAUCCAGCUACAAGUGAUGGUAGAGUAAUCUUCUUUUUACCGUGGCAGAAACACACAAUUGCAGGAACAACGGAUCUGCCAUGUUCUGUAACACACAACCCAAAACCGACUGAAGACGAAAUUAUGUUUAUAUUAGAAGAAGUUAAGAACUACCUGAAUCCCGAUGUAGAAGUAAGAAGAGGUGACGUUUUAUCCGCAUGGAGUGGUAUCAGGCCUUUAGUACAAGAUCCCAAUAAACCAGACACGCAAUCACUAGCAAGAAAUCAUAUCAUUCACGUUAGCCCUGCGAAUUUAGUGACGAUAGCUGGUGGAAAGUGGACCACGUAUAGAUCGAUGGCAGAAGAAACGAUAGACGCUGCUGUUGAAGCUUGCAACUUGAAACCUCAACUAGCAAAAAGUCAGACUGAGGGCUUGCUGCUGGUAGGGGCGCACGAAUGGACGCCAACCAUGUAUAUUCGUCUAGUGCAGGACUUUGGACUGGAAUGCGAAGUCGCACAGCACCUCGCUAAGUCUUACGGUGACAGGGCUUUCGCGGUUGCCAAAAUGGCCUCACUAACAGGUAAAAGGUGGCCGAUCAUUGGAAAGAAACUUCACCCCGAGUUCCCGUACAUCGAUGCCGAGGUGAGGUACGGGGUACGCGAAUACGCGAUGACAGCGAUCGACAUGAUCGCCAGGCGGGUGCGUUUGGCCUUUUUGAACGUACAGGCUGCCCAGGAGGCGUUGCCGGAAGUUGUUAACAUCAUGGCCGAGGAGCUGAACUGGUCGGAAGAGGAAAAGGCGAAGCAAAUGAAGGAGGCCACAGAGUUCCUACAAAACGAAAUGGGACAAAACGUGAACAGAGCUAGUCGCGAUAAGAUUCCAAUUAACCUCAGCAAAGAAGAGAUACAGUUAUAUAUCAGGAGGUUCCAGAUUAUCGAUAAGGAUAGGAAAGGAUACGUAUCUAUAAAUGACAUUAGAAGAAGUCUUAAGCAACAAGACGGACAAGACGUACCCGGAGAGCAACUGCACGAAAUUCUUAAAGAAAUCGAUACAAACAUGAACGGGCAGGUUGAACUUGACGAGUAUCUACAGAUGAUGUCGGCGAUCAAAUCCGGACACGUAACGUACUCCAGAUUCGCCAGGAUGGCGGAGCUUGAAGAACAAAAGCACGAGAAAGAAAUGCUGAAAAAGAAGAUAUCAGUUGAAAGAAGCGGUGGUGGUUUGUAAGGUAUGCACGUCUGCCAACGGGUCGAUUUGAUGGUGGCAAAAAUGGAAGUCGGAACAGAAGAGCGUCUUGUUGCCUUAGGAUGUAAAUACGAAUAUUUUUAUAAAUAAAAAGUGAAUGACUAUCAAGAUGAUGACGAUCGUUCGAUUUUGUGCGUUUUGCACACAUUGUUAGUAUUUCAGUGAGAUUUUUUUGUUGAUGUAUAUAUUAUGUUAUUGCAAUAAAUAUUUUGAUUCAUGACA